AUGUACCCCGAAUCCUUUCAUCUGGCACUGUCUCACCCAACAAAUUCCGUCUCAAAAUGUCACAUCAGAAGGCAGAUAGCCUUCAUCCUUGACUGCCGCCUUGAGACAUACGAUGAUUCCACUUUGUCAAGUGCCUGCCAGCCGGGCCGGAGAGCGCGUCAACAGCAGUUCAGUUUUCUUCGUCUCGACUCUUCGAAUGUCUGGUUUCAAGGACCUCUCGACUGGAAAGAAGCCAAUCCAGCCACAUGCUUCAGACCACAAAUGCGGCCAGGUGUGCUUGUCUCUCCUCGACGGUUAAUAGCCUACAUCUGCCUACCUUUUCGGCCGGAUCGGCUCGCGAAUCAACUCGGCCAACUUGCACAAAGCAGGGGUGCCGCAAAGCCCGGCUUUCGGCAGAGUUUUGCUACUAUUCCCUCCUUUUGCUGCAAGACGUCAAGCAUUUACGAGCCAGUCUCGUGCCAUCCUUAA